UUGAUCUGUCAACGUGCCAGAGUAGCAUCAGCAGCAGCAGCCAAAAAAUAAAUACUGAAUACCUGUUACCAAUUGUCGUGCAUUGUUCACAAAUUCGAGUUACACCGCGUGUCCUGUACCCCGAAAAGUGAUUGUAACCCAUUCGAUCCUGUAAAGGUUGCAACGGGAUUUUUAGUGCUCUUCGGUGUGUGAGAUUUCCCAGCGGCUUUUCCAAAAACGCUCAAUUGCGGCAGCAGGAGCAGGAGCAACAGCAUCACCAGUCCUUGCCCAGCAUUCACAAUGAACUCCCUUCACGCCCACCUCCUGCUGCUGGCCGUGUGCUGUGUCGGCUAUAUUGCCUGCUCCCCGGUCAUUGGCCAGGAUCAGCGUAGUCCGAUUGCCAGCGACAACGAUGCCGAUGUCCUUCUGGCCGCCGAUGAGAUGGCCGAUAAUGGCGGCGACAACAUAGACAAGCGUGUGGAGCGAUAUGCCUUUGGUCUCGGUCGUCGGGCCUAUAUGUACACGAAUGGCGGACCUGGCAUGAAACGGCUUCCGGUCUACAACUUUGGGCUGGGCAAACGGUCCCGUCCCUACUCCUUUGGCCUGGGCAAGCGCAGCGACUACGACUACGAGCAGGAUAAUGAGAUCGACUACAGGGUGCUGCCAGCGAACUACUUGGGAGCCGAGAGUAGGGUGCGACCUGGCCGGCAGAACAAGCGAACGACGCGUCCGCAACCCUUCAACUUCGGUCUGGGACGACGUUAAGUCGUCUUCCAACAAGGGAGUGGGCCUUCCCCGGGUUGGCGCACUUUUCAAAAUCCAGCCGUGCGCCACUCGGCUGGGAGGUUACCCAAUCAAUCUACCUUAACUACCUAACAAUUAUCGAAAAAGUACUUGCGGCAAAGCUCUCUCAGAUCCUUGCUAAACUUUCCUGAAAAUUAAAUAACAUUCAGAAGCCAAAUCUAGAUGUCAUUGGAGCCCACUGAAUUCUUUGCACGCACUUUCUCCCCCCGAAAUGUUUAUAAUAUUAAUAAAUCGCUAGAUGCAAAUGUAUUUAUUUUUAGUUUUUAACUCAAAGCUGCAACGUUUUAGUUUAAAUCGCAAUAUAAAAUUGCAAAAAAAUCAACAAAAAAGAGAAGAGAGAACAAAAUCGAGAAGAAAUAAAAGACAGAACGUGGAAGAAAUACAUAUAAUGUUAUGCGAACAUCGCGAAUAUAUUACUUAUGCAUAUUCAAUCCAAUUUACCUAUAUGUAUGUAUGUACAUUUUAAAGGGGCAUUAAUUAAUAUACACACACGGAUAUACAUAUAUACCUACAUAUAUAUAUACAUAUAUAUAUACUGUAUACUUGGGGCACUCUCUCUCGGAAGAAGGAGCAACGGACCGGACACGAGUGGCAUUCGUUGCGGAGGAGCAUGAAUAUUGGGUAAACUACUGCAUGCUAAUAUUGAUGUUUAAACAAAGUGAUUAAUAAUUUAACUAUAUGUAAUUACGACUAUGUAAUUGUUUUGUGAAUACAUGAUGCAUAUACCUUACCCGAAUAAACAUUGGCGCAGCCAAACUGUGCAA